AUGCAACUGUUCAUUUCAUUUCUGGCUAUCUGCCUGUACACGACCACUACCGCGGCCAUCUCAGCCGAACACAAGACCCUGCUGCUGCUGCUGCACAAUACGUUCAGGGAAAAAAUUCUGAAUUGUACGGUUCCCGGACAACCCCCAGCCGCGCAAAUGCCCAAAAUGACAUGGAACGAUCAACUUGCCGAAAAGGCCCAAACGUGGAGUGACAAAUGUAAAGUUGGUCACGACAGGAACCAGGAUAGCGGAUUCUACGCAUGGUUUGACGAGCAUAAGAAUUACGAUUAUGCUAACAAUAAUUGCACGAAAGUUUGUGGUCACUACACUCAGGUGAGUUAUGAGUGCAUGUGGAUUAAAUAG